AGGCAGGUUCAGCUGACGCCGCACUCCACGUGACGCUCGCGCCGAGUGAACAUGGCGUCCACCUCACGCCCUUCCUUUUCCCUGGGGAAUGAGACCCUGAAGGUGCCACUGGCACUGUUCGCCCUGAACAGGCAGCGCCUGUGUGAGAGGCUGAGGAAGAAUGCAGCGGUACAGGCCGGCUCAGUUGUUGUGUUGCAGGGCGGGGAAGAGAUGCAACGUUACUGCACCGAUACCUCCAUCAUCUUCCGCCAGGAGUCCUUCUUUCACUGGGCCUUCGGUGUCAUCGAGUCAGGCUGCUAUGGUGUCAUUGAUGUGGACACUGGAAAGUCAACCCUGUUCGUGCCCAGGCUUCCUCCUAGCUACGCCACCUGGAUGGGAAAGAUCCAUUCCAAGGAGCAUUUCAAGGAAAAGUAUGCUGUGGACAAUGUCCAGUACACAGACGAGAUUGCCAGUGUCCUGACCUCACAGAAGCCCUCUGCCCUCCUCACAUUGCGUGGUGUCAACACAGACAGUGGCAGUGUCUGCAGAGAGGCCUCCUUCGAUGGCAUCAGCAAGUUCAAUGUCAACAACAAAAUUCUUCACCCAGAGAUUGUGGAAUGCCGGGUGUUCAAGACGGACAUGGAACUAGAGGUUUUGCGCUACACAAACCGGAUCUCCAGCGAGGCCCACCGUGAGGUAAUGAAGGCGGUAAGAGUGGGAAUGAAAGAAUACGAGAUGGAAAGCCUGUUCCAGCACUACUGUUACUCUCGGGGCGGCAUGCGCCACACCUCUUACACCUGUAUCUGCUGCAGUGGUGAGAACGCAGCCGUGCUGCACUAUGGCCAUGCCGGGGCCCCCAAUGACCGGACAAUCAAGGAUGGAGAUAUGUGUCUGUUCGACAUGGGUGGAGAGUACUACUGCUUCGCUUCUGACAUCACCUGUUCCUUCCCGGCCAAUGGCAAGUUCACAGAGGACCAGAAGGCCAUCUACGAGGCGGUGCUGAAGAGCUGCAGAACUGUCAUGAGCACUAUGAAACCAGGUGUCUGGUGGCCUGACAUGCACCGGCUGGCUGACCGUAUCCACCUGGAGGAACUGACACGGAUUGGCCUCCUGCGUGGCAGUGUGGAUGCCAUGCUCCAGGUCCACCUGGGAGCAGUAUUCAUGCCACAUGGGCUCGGCCACUUCCUUGGCCUAGAUGUGCACGAUGUGGGAGGCUACCCUGAGGGUGUAGAGCGCAUUGAUGAGCCUGGCUUGCGGAGCCUGCGCACAGCAAGGCAUCUGGAGCCAGGCAUGGUGCUGACCGUGGAGCCAGGAAUCUACUUUAUCGACCACCUCUUGGACCAGGCCCUGGCAGACCCAGCCCAAGCCUGCUUCUUUAACCAUGAGGUCCUGCAGCGCUUCCGCAACUUUGGUGGGGUCCGUAUCGAGGAGGACGUUGUAGUGACUAACAGUGGCAUGGAGCUGCUGACCUGUGUACCGCGGACCGUGGAAGAAAUUGAAGCAUGCAUGGCGGGCUGUGACAAGGCCUUUACGCCCUCCUCUGGCACAAAGUAGAGCCAGCUGGGCACUGGUCUUGUGACCCUUCUGUGACAUCAGCCUGCCCACGGCACCCCAACAGCAAGAGGCAAUGCUCAGCAACAAAUCUUGGAGCUCACGCUUGAUCCAAAAUUAUCACUGUCAUUUCCAAGGGAGGACAGCAUUUUAUUAAUCUGCAAGAUCACACCCCUAACCUUGACUUUGCUUAAAUGACUGACUCUGAGUGCUGAUUGAAAAAAAAAAUCCUAUUCUAAAGUCGCAACUCAAUUUUCUUGCUGCCAUUUCUAUCCAUGUGCUCAGGAAAGAUGCUCUUGUUGCUCUUCUCAAAAAAAUAAUCAAUAUGCAGAAUGGAAUUUGCAAUAAAAGCUUUUCUAAAU